AUGGACCACGAUCAAUUCAGAACCGCUGCACACUCAGCAAUUGAUGACAUAAUAAACUACUUCCAAACCCUCCCCUCGCAACGCGUCGUCCCAACCAUUGAACCCGGCUACCUCCGCCCCCAAAUCCCCUCCAACCCACCCACAGACCCAGAAUCAUGGCCGGACAUACAAGCCGACAUCGACACGAAAAUCAAGCCCGGUCUCACGCACUGGCAAUCACCGAACUUCAUGGCAUUUUACCCAGCAAACGUGACAUACCCGUCUAUCCUGGGCGAGAUGUACAGUGCGGCGUUUACAGCGCCGGCGUUUAAUUGGCUGUGCUCGCCUGCAUGCACGGAAUUGGAGACGAUUGUCAUGGACUGGGUUGCGAAGGCGCUUUCAUUACCGGGGUGUUUUCUGAGUGAUUCGGAGAAUCGCGGGGGCGGGGUUAUCCAGGUUUCUGCGAGUGAUUCGAUUGCGACGGUUAUGGUUGCUGCGCGGGAGAGAAGGGUACGGGAUCUUGUGCUUGCGGAGGGGCUAACAGAGGGCACGCAGGAGUUUGAGGAGCGGAUGAUGGAUUUGCGACCACGGCUGGUUGCGUUGGGGAGCGAUCAGACGCAUUCUAGUACGGCCAAGGGGGCGAUUAUCGCAGGGACGCGGUAUCGUAGUGCCAAGGCGCGGUUGGAGGAUAAUAUGGAGAUGACGGGGGAGGGGUUGCGCAGCGUGUUGGAGCAGUGUGAGCGGGAGAACCUGACGCCGUAUUAUAUCACGUUGACUAUGGGGACGACGAAUACAUGUGCUCUUGAUCGGUUCGCGGAGAUCAAGGCCGUGUUGAGCGAGAAGCCCGCUUGGCAGAGGAUUUGGGUGCAUAUCGACGCUGCAUAUGCAGGGUCUGCGCUGAUCACAGAGGAAUGGCAGCAUAUCGCGCAGGACUUUGCAGAGGGCGUCGACUCAUUUAACUUCAAUAUGCACAAAUGGUUGCUGGUCAACUUCGACGCGAGCUGUCUCUUCGUCCGCAACCGCCACGAUCUCAUCGACGCACUAGACAUCACACCUGCAUACCUACGCAACACCUACUCAGAAACCGGCCAGGUAAUCGAUUACCGCAAUUGGUCCAUCUCAUUGGGUCGACGCUUCCGCGCGUUGAAGAUCUGGUUCGUCAUGCGCAGCUACGGGCUUACUGGGAUGAAAGCGCAUGUUCGCAAGGCUAUUACCUUGAGUGACACGUUUGAAAACUUGAUUCGGAAUCGCGCGGACUUGUUUGAGAUUAUCACUAGGCCUGCGUUUGGAUUGACUGUUUUCCGGAUUAAGGCGCCUGGCACUCAGGCCAGUGGGUCUGUCGUGCAGCCGGAUGAGGCAUGCAAUGCUUUCACGAAGAAGGUAUACGAGUUGAUUAGCGCCCGGGGAGAAAUCUUCAUCACUGCCAGUGUUGUGGCGGGUGUGCAGGCCAUCCGGGUGGUCAGCGCGAACGAGGCUGCUCAGGAAUCGUAUAUUCGGCGAGCCUUUGAUAUUAUUGUCAAGACCACGGAGGAAUCGCUGUAG